AUAAGCUGUCCUAUUACACACAUAUGUUGAAAGCUUACAAAGAAAGUUUUAAUUUAAUUAUUUUUUCAUAUGUUACAUUAUAUUAUUCAAUUCUUUUAAACACUUGGCAACCCCGACCCUCGACGAGCUUGUGGCUGCAGCCAUAGCAGCCAGAUUCAGCUUGGUCAACAAAGCGGACUGUUAGCAAGCUAACAGUUAUCCCGUGUAACGUUACAUCUUUUUGCAAAAAAAAAAAAGAAACGGUCUAAAAUUUAGUGUAAAACAUUCACCGGGACGUCUUUGAAACAGUAUGUAUAACGUUAGUUAUUGUAUGAUUCGAUUUUCCAUCUAAAGACAGAAUAAUGUAAUUCAGUUUUCAUGAAUCGUACAGUAGUUAGCUAACUGGUUAGCCUUCAGUGCGGGUGCAUUGAUUCGGGUAACGUUAGUGAGUAAAAUGAAACUAAACUCUAUGGUCAGUUUUGUAAGUGAUAAUUAAACAAUGUAACAUAGUUGUCAUCUUUAGUUUAUUCUUUCCUUAUUCUCUGCUAGAAUGAUAAAAUAAGAUGUCUUUACUCAAAUCACAAGAUAGGCAUAUAAAAGACUGAUAGCAGAUAACGGGUUGAUUAAAACACAAAGGAAAUACAUUAGUCAGGAACUUUAGUAAUGUUGGAACUGUCAUGAAAUAAUAAAUCCCAUUUCAAACACUUCGGGUGAAAUGUUCAAUCUGAUGGCGAACUGUUGCAACUGGUUGAAACGAUGGAAAGAACCUGCAAGGAAAGUGACUUUAGUAAUGGUUGGACUGGACAAUGCUGGAAAAACCGCUACAGUCAGAGGAAUCCAGGGAGAAAGUCCUUUAGAUGUAGCCCCUACAGUGGGCUUCUCAAAGGUGGACCUGAAGCAGGGGAAGUUUGAGGUCACAAUCUUCGACUUGGGUGGCGGUAAACGUAUCCGUGGCAUUUGGAAAAACUACUACUCUGAGUCUUAUGGGGUAGUGUUUGUUGUGGACUCCAGUGAUGUCCAGAGAAUCCAAGAAACCAGAGACACAAUGGCUGAGGUUCUCCGGCACCCUCGUAUUGCAGGCAAACCUGUAUUAGUACUGGCUAAUAAACAGGACCAAGAUGGGGCAUUGGCUGAAGCAGAUAUCAUCGAGACCCUGUCAUUAGAGAAGAUUGUCAACGAGAAUAAAUGCCUCUGUCAGAUUGAGCCCUGUUCUGCUGUGCUGGGUUAUGGUAAGAAGGUUGACAAAUCCAUCAAGAAUGGCCUUAACUGGCUCCUGAAUAACAUUGCCAAGGACUACGAGGCAAUUUCAGAGCGUGUGCAAAGAGAUACAGCAGAGCAGAAGGCUCAGGAAGAACAAGACAAGAAGGAAAGAGCAGAAAGAGUUCGGCGGAUCAGAGAGGAGAGAGACAGACAGGAGCGAGAGGAGGCUGAGCGAGAAGGAAGGACACUGAAAGAGGAUGAGGUAGAUGAUGUCAACAUGCCCAACCCAUUCCAGCCAAUAAACAAUGUUCUUACUGAGGUAUGCGCUAGCCCACGUCCGGCCCCGCUGCCUGCUUUUCCCCCUGCCUCAAGUGUUGGAACGAAUCAGGGAAACCGAAUGCUCAGUGCUUCUUGUGGCUCCGCUCUGGACAACCCAAGCUUGGUUCCCAGUCCUGAUGCAGCUGACGAGCACUGCCACUUGGCCAAUACAGUUGAGGAAAAAGCUGUGGUCCCGCAAACCUCCCAGACUCCCAAUAGUGCCGUCUACUAG